GACUUUAACACUUGAUCGAAUACCCUCUGCAGAGGAGCCUACCCACAAGGGGUCACCGUCAAACCAUCACCACUGCACACUCAACAUGCAGAUUCACAUCUUCUCAGUCAUUUUUGUGAUUGCGGCUACUACGUCUGCAGAACUGGUAGCAAACACGAAUUUCAACUGCGGUCAGCCAUACCAUGGACAGCUUAGGAGGCAGGCCAUCAAGUACCCCUGCACUGGGACCAACGCUUGCGAUGAUUUGUUUUGCAAGUCACAGUGCAACAGCGGUACGGCCACGCGCUGGUAUGGCAUUUUGACAAAAGGCGUAUGCCAAUGUUAUUGCAGUGGAUAAGAUGGAAAGUUGGCUAGUUCCACUGCAGGGUUGAUGCAUACUGAAUGCCCCGUAGUGAGCUACAGGAGAAUUGGAACGGCAUCGGAGACACUACCCCAUAGAUCAUCUACACGAAUUGAUUCAGAACGGCAGGAAAGAGCAUGGAGGCCAAAUACGAGUUCCUCCUUGCUCUCCUUGUGCCUGGUUCCAAAUAGUUCACUGGUCCAUCUUGAGCACGAUGUAAUGUAUUGAGACUGGUAGUAGUGAUGAGAAUUAACUGUAGACAUUGGC